AUGAACACUUUUUCCAGAAAGUCGGAUCAUAAUAGAUCUAUCGAUAAAAACUCUCUUUGUUAUCAUAUCGAGGGAUUUCUUAAUUGCUCAUACUUAAACUCCGCAAUCGACGUUGGUGACAAACUAAAGCAAUCCAAUGAUAAUUCUAAAGAUAGAGAUAUACCAGCAGUGAAUGUUAAUGUAUUAAUUCAUAAAAAAGAAGAGUGGAAUGAUAGAAUAAGACAUUUACAAUCUAAAUUUUCGAACUCAAAUAAUCACACUUCAUCACCAUUUAUAUAUGAAGGUUGUAAUCCAAAAGAAUAUAAAUAUAUUGGCGGAUAUUCAAAUUUUAUUAAGUUAGUUAGAGAAAGGUAUCAAGAUUUAGAUAUUCCCAGAGAUAUUAAAAAAGAAAGUGGAAAGGAAUGUGAAGGUGGUCUGAAGGAAGAUAAACGAAAGCUUUCAAGUCUUACUUUACGAAUUUUCAAAAUACUUGUUUCCCAGUUCAUUGGAACCUGA